UCCAAUUUAACUUAAGGAGAAAAGAGAAAAAGUUUUUUAUACUCACGUGUUCUAGCAGCUGUGUCUUUAAGCCAAGUUUUUUUUUUUUUUUUAAAAAGGACUAAGUGGUGAAACAGUAUAGUAAAAAGGCAAGGAAAAAGUUUUAUUGAGAGGAUUCUUUAGACUCCCGUGUGGUCAGCCACAAUGUUACAAGGGAAUCACUUUAAAAGACUGAUAUAUAUUAAUUUAAGGUCGCCAAGGAAUCAGCUAUGUAAUUCCUAAAUGAAAAACUCAAGUCAGCCGUCAGCUUUUUUUGGAGUUUAAUUACAAUAGGAGUAAGAAAGGAAUUAGAGAUAGAGAGAGAGAGAGAAAGGGGAGAGAAGGGAAUAGGGCUUAAAUACCCCUUCUGUUUAGGCUGGGCCAAAAGGCCCAAGCCCUUAGAUAGCUGGGGCAAAGAAAAGAGAUCAGUCCCUAUUACUCACGUGUCCAAAAUGGAGAAACAGUCUCAGAGGCCCCCACCUUCAGCUUCCUUCAGAGCAAGUUUCCCCAGAGCCCAGGAACCACACCGCUCAAAAACUCAAUCCUCCCCCCUUCUCCAGACCCUCCUAUCUUUAAGGACACCAUCCAAGUUGCCUCCCCUCAGUCCUCACAUCUACCAAUCACUCUUCAUCAAUUUCCCUGUCAAUGGAGGCUCUCGCUUAACCCAGGACCGCCCAGAGGUUUCUGGCUUUUGCACAUGUCUGUUGAAGGUCAUAUUUUUCAAAUGAUUAAAUCUUUACUCCUUUGUUCCAGCCCUUUCUAAUUCCUGUUAACUUGAGUAUGGUAGAGAUUGGAAUAAUUAAAUUUUGAUCUAGGCUGCAGCCCUUACUCAAUCCUAUUAGGACUGAAUAGGGUGGAGUAUCUCCAUUGUAUCAAUUCUAAAAUCAAUCAAGACUCAAAGAAAUUCCUGUUCUAUGCUCAAGCAUAGGUCAAAGUCCUUUCCAUUGUUCAGCAAAGGGUUUCUGUCCUAAAGUAAUCUUAAGAAGGGAAGAGAAGGAACCUCCCAUGCCAAUGGAGUUCCCAUUCCAAUAGACUAUCAGUAAGAAAUUUUCCAAGUAUGAAAUAUCCCAAUGGUGAAAUUUUCAACAAUUAUAAGUCUAAGGAAAUUUGAGGUUUACAUGUUGAAGGUCAUAUUCUCAAAUAAUUAAAUCUUGAUCCUUUGCUGCAGCCCUUCCUAAAUCCUGUUACUCUGAGUAGGGUGGAGAUUGGAAGUUCCAAGACCUGGUUCUGUCAUUCCAAGUAUCUCUAUUGUAUCAAUUCUAAAAUCAAUCAUGACUCAAAGAACUUCCUGUUCUAUGCUUAAGCAUAGGACAAAGCCCUUUCCAUUGUUCAGCAAAAAGUUUCUGUCCUAAAGUAAUCUUAAGUAGGGAGGAGAAGGACCCUCCCAUGCCAAGGGGGGGUUCACAUUUCAAUAGACUAUCAGUAGGACAUUUUUCAAGUAUGAAAUUUCCCAAUGGUGAAAUUUCCAACAUUUAUAAGUCUAAGAAAUUUUUAAGGUUUACAAUCCCCCCCUGAUGAUCAUUGGGAGACUAGUCUUCCCAUUGAUCAUUUAACAUAAUCAUUUUGUAGUUCUAAAUGCACUUCUAACUAUAGAUAUACACAAUAUUCAAUUUUCUCAGAGAAAUUAGAAUAGUGAGAGAGGAAAUAGAAAAGAAAAGAAAGCAAAACCAAUGUUUUGCUAGGUGCAUUGACAGAAAGCCAAAUUAGGGGCAGUCCCUUUUGGCAUAAAUGUGUACAAUUACAAUAAAUGUUCAAUCAAAAGUUCAGUCCAAUCAAUCAUAUUCAAAGUUCAUUCUUGAUCUUCUUGAUGAAGUGUAGGUUUUCGGCAUCUUUCUGCAACAGUUCAUUCUCUGGAUAUAAAAGUUUCAAGCUUCUUUCUUGAAGAUCAUUUCUCGAACAGAAUAAAAAUCUUUGAUUUUUUUAAUAACAGUAAAAUCUUAAACAAAAUUCAAAAUUCUUGGAUUUUUAUAAAAAUACAAUCUCAAAAAAAUCAAAAAUUCUUAGAAUUUAAAUUAAAAUACAAUCUUAAACAAAAAAAAUUCAAAAAUAAAUAAAUUCUUAGAUUUUAAAUUAAAAUACAAUCCCCCCUGAAGUAAGUAUUAAAAAAAAUCAAGUUUAGCUCAGAAUGCAAUGUUCAGUUAUGUAUGUGUCAAUUAUCAAAAGAAUAGAAAAAUAAUCAAAAACAUAAGAAAAAAUUCAAAAUAGGCCUUGUAUAGGUCCAGUUUAAAGUAAUUUCUAUCCCACAAGUAUGUAGGACAGAAUGCAGUAAUAUUUCACUUAGCCAUUUGUAGCCAAGACUACAGGAAAUUGCCAUAAUAUAAGAAGAAAAGAAUUAGAAUUCUAUUUUGAUGGGGAAAUGUCAUUCCCUCGUCUGAUUUUUUUUUCUUCAGGGAUAUAGGGAGCCAGCAUGAUAGUCAAGCUUUGUACUUGUUUGAGUACUUCGUAAAGAGUGUAGAUACAAAGAAGUCCUACGACUUAAACAUAAGUUAAGCGUCGCAACCUCGAGUUUCACUUUAAUAUUUCUUGUGUACUCUAUUGGCACUAUUCAGGUUUAGUCUGUGCUCCUUGUUUUUAUCCCUUUUCCUGGAAUCAGACACAAACAUUAAUCCCAGUCCUAUAAUAUUUUAUCAAUAAAUGGCAGGUUCCCAUAGUUUAAAGCUUUUCGGCAUAUCUUGAUAUUAUAGCAAGAGUAUAUAUAUUAACUUGUAUUACUGCAGGAAAAAAAUAAUAUUAAUAUUAAUUAUGUGUACCUUCAGUACAAAAAAAUGAGAAAAAAUUCAAAUAUUCUGAUCAAAAAAUAAAAGAAAAGAAAUAAGAAAAAUAAGAAAAAAUCGGUAAUUCAAUAUAUUCUUGAAAAAAACAGCAUCCAUUUGUCUAUGGAUUAUUAUCUCCAAUUCAUAUGAUAAGAUAUAGUCACAAUUCAUAUGAUAGGAUACAGUCAAUCAGUCUCAGCAGAAGAUGCUUUCUUCACAUGUGAGCAGUGAAUCCAAGAGUCUCUUUCUCCAAUCUUUAUAGAUGUUGGAGUAGUUAAUAAUAUUUGGAAUGGUCCUUCCCAUGAAGGUUGAGUUGCUCCAGUUCGCUUGAAAUUCUUGAUAUAAACUUUAUCUCCUGGGUUCAGGUCAUGCAGAGAAAAGUCUAAUGGUCCGGCUUGUACUGCAGCUCCGGAUUCAUGAAGUUCACAUAGUUUGUGCUGUAACUCCUAUAUAUAGGAAGCAAUAGUAAUAUCUCCCCCUAAUAGCGAUGUAUAAGCCGGGGAGAAAGGCUUAGCCUGUAUAGGCGGAGGUCCAAAAAGCAUCUCAAAUGGUGAAAUAUGUAAGUCUCCUCUAGGCCUGCUUCUAAGAUAAAAUAGGGCCAGAGGGAGAAUUUCAGGCCAUUUUAAAUGGGUCUCAGUGCAUAAUUUGCCAAUCAUAGUCUUAAGUUCUUUAUUCAUCCUCUCCACUUGGCCUGAGCUCUGGGGGUGAUAUGGAACAUGGAAUUUUGGAGUUAUCCCCAAGCAAGAAUAUAUUUGGUUUAAGACAGAAUCAGUAAAAUGACUCCCUCUAUCGAAGUCAAUACGUGCUGGCAGGCCAAAAAGAGGAAUAAUUUCCUUUAAAAGUAUCUUUGCAACAAAAUCUGCUGUGGCUCGGGUUGUAGGAAAUGCUUCCGGCCAUCUGGUUAGCUGAUCUACUAUGACCAGACAAAAUUUAUAAUGUCCAGCUUUUGGCAUCAUUAUGAAAUCUAUCUGUAGAUGUUCAAAAGGUGUGUAAGCCAGAGGACGUCCCCCAAAGGCUUUUCCACAAUAUGCAUGUUGGUUAUAUGCCUGGCAGAUAGGGCAGGCUGAACAUACUUUAGAGGCUAUAGUAGUUAUACCAGGGGCUAUCCAUACUCUCUUGACAGAGUCCACAAUGCCCUGGGUGCCAAAAUGACCAUUUUUAUGAAUAGAUUGGCAAAUUUGGUUAUAGAAACUUCUAGGGAGCAGGGGUUUUCCUUCAGAUGACACCCAUACUCCAUUAAUCUGCUUUGCUUUAAAUUUUUGUUUCCAUUUUUCCACUUCCUUUUCAUUAUAGGAAAGUGAUAAAUUUAAAUUAUCAGUGGUUGUUAAUGUUAAAAUUAAUCCAGGUCCUUCUCUGGCUGCUAGUUUUGCAAUGGCAUCUGCUCAGUCAUUUCCUCUAGAGACAGGGUCAGAGCCACCUGUAUGGGCAGAGCAAUGAACUACAGCUAGGGCUUUAGGCAGUUUGAGAGCAGAAAGAACUUCAUUAAUAACUUCUGCAUUAGCUAUGGAUUUUCCAGCUGAGGUUAAAAAUCCUCUCUGGAGCCAAAGCAUCCCGACUGAGUGACAAAUGCCAAAAGCAUAUCUAGAAUCCGUAUAAAUUGUUGCCUUUUUAUCCUUGGCAAUUAUACAAGCUUGUUUUAGAGCUAUGAGUUCUGCUCCUUGAGCACUAAUGUUAGAAGGUAGUGAAGCUGACCAUUCAGUGGCAAAUUCUGAGACUAUGGCAGCUCCAGUGUAACGUAUGCCAUCCCUCAUAAAAGAGGAACCAUCGGUAAAUAAAAUCAGAUCUGCAUUGUCUAAGGGAGUGUCCAAGAGAUUAUCUCGAGGCUUUUCUGCCAUGGACACUAAUGUUUCACAGUUAUGUAAUGGUUCUCCUGAAGUAGGUAAAUCUGGAAGCAAGGUGUCAGGGUUAAGAGUUCAAGGUAAUAUUUUCACUAUUUAAUAAGGUUAUUUCAUACUUUGUAAUUCUCUGAUCCGAGAAUGCCUGUGUUCUAUGUUUUAUCAAUAAUGCUUCUAUCUCAUGUGGGCACAUUAUUGUUAAUGGACAUCCCAAUACUAAAUCAACGGUUUUUGUUACUAGUAGGGCUGUAGCAGCUACUCCUCUAAGGCAUGGUGGUGCUCCUGCUGCUACUGGGUCUAGUUGGGCAGAAUAAUAAGCAAUUGGGCGCUGAGAAGGUCCCAAAGUCUGAGUUAACACGCCAGAGGCUACUCCUCUUCGCUCAUGCACAUAUAAAGUAAAUGGCUUGUUGUAAUCUGGGAUGCCUAGAGCAGGGGCAGACAUGAUAGCCUUUUUUAGAUCUGAUAGAGCUGACAAGUGUUCAGGCUCUAAUUUGAGGGGUUCAGGAACCAAAUCCCUUGUUAGUGCUAGUUAGUUAGUUAGGGGUUUAGUAAGAAGACAAUGGAUCUAGCCCUUUUAUUAAAAGUUGGUUCCCUCAGGUCAAGCUAUAUGUUUGGCUCUGUAGCAGAGACAACCCAAUCCUUGGGAGUAAAAGGAGUGGUCUCAGUAUCCCAAGCCAUAAACUAUGAGCUACCACACAUAAGCCAUGUGGUAAUCCCGCAGCAGUUGCUUAAAGAUAAGCCAUUAUUACUGGUCUUGGAAACAAAAUAUAAGAUCUAUUUCUAGAAUGCUAUUCAUACAAAAAAUUCAAUGCACUUUACAAACCCUUCUGUCUCACACGUAUGAAGGCACAAGACACAAAACCAGAAUGAUCUCUUUAAGAUCAUUCAAAGUGAAAAGAACUCUGAAGUGGCGAGGUGUGGUCAGACAAUCUCACUGCCUGUCCCUCGGAAGGUCCAGAGCUGUUAGGCAUAUUAAAGCUAGGCUCUCUCCAGUCACCAACUCUCUAAAGUGUCAGAAAUGCAAGGAAGCUGACAUGGGGCCUCAGUUUCCCUCACUGUAAAAAUGGAGAUGGGCUGGAUGGCUUCAGGAUGCUUCUUCCAACUCCAAAUCUAUGAAGUUAAUCUGGGAGGCAAAGUGACCCGCACAGAGAGUGGAUACCAGAUAAAUCCCCUCCCCAGUACAACUGGAUGAGUUGGCAAGAGGACCGGCUCCGUGACCAGACAGGCAGAGUCCUGUCUCACUCCGCCUCUAGAUUCACGCGUGACGCACAGCGUAUGGGGCGAGGCAGGCGAGGCAGGUGAAGGAAGCCCGAGUGCCAAUUCUUCGGGUUCCAGCCCACUAGGAGGAAGUGCCACGUGUACGUCGUGCGCCUGCGCGGCCGAGCGGCUGACAGGCACUUCCGGCGAGGGCCUCCCUUCUCCUUAGUCCCCCAUCCCCGCCUCCUCUUCCUUUACUUUUCCGUCCCCCUCCCUCCCCUGUAGUCCUCCCCCCCAAUCCCCUAACCCUACUCCCUUCUCCUGCAGCGGCGGCUCCGGGGCUGAGAGGCUACGGACCUCAUGACGAGAGGCUGAAGGCGCUUGCUGCCAGCCUGCCUGCGGACCUUUGCCUCCGGGCCCUCCGUGACGGCUUGGCCCGGCCCAACCCAGCCCAGCUGGAGCUGCUCGUGCGGCCGCCAUGGCCCAGCCUGGGAGGCUCGGCGCUAGUUCUCCGGCGCAGAAUGGAGCCAUCUCCGCCGCAGGGCCGCCCUACAGCAACGGUCCUUUGCAAAGCCCAUUGAUGCAUUCACAAGUUUCAGGGAGCCAAGGAUACAACUCUCCAUUUCCAGGAUCUUACUCCCAUCAGAUACCAGCAAAAACUCCUUUGAAUCCAGCCUCUGGACUGUAUAAUUAUGGUGGUUCUCAGACUGUUUCUUCAUUAAAUAGUUAUCAGGGACCUGGCCAGACUCUCAAUAGACUUCCCUUGGAACCUAAUCCAGUGGCACCUUUGCAGUCUACUGUCCCUACAUCCCAAAUGCCACCACUGCCUUCAUCUCAAACCCCAGCUGUUAUACCAGCAUCUUCUAAUAGCUUUGUUUAUGGAUCUGACCCUUCAUCAUCUUCAAACUGGCAAUAUGGUCACCCACCAAUGGGAUCGAAAACAAAUCAUUUUGUUCCUGUAUCCACCCAACCAUCCUUAUCAGGGAAUACAAAUAUGUCAAGAAAUAAUCAGUAUGUUUCUCCUGGAGCUCCUUCACUUCAGAACAGCUACAUGAAAACAGGUUCUGUACCUCCACCAACAAAUCAGACUUUACCUACAAUUUAUCAACCAACUCGAGCUCCACUUGGGCCACCACCAUCUGGAGGCCCACCUCCAGCAAGAUCAUUGGAUCCCCAGAGGAAAACUUCAAACAGUGUUCCACCCCAACCACAGCUUACCUCAUCAUCAUUGAACCAAGAAGGUGAUUCAUCAACUGCCAAUAAUGGCUCUGUGGUUGAGAACAGUUAUGAUACAAUUGAAGGAGGUGGCUUCAUGGCAGCAACACAAUUUGCCAAUCAGAAUCCCAAAAUGAAUCGAAAUGUUGGGUAUUCAUAUCCCUCUUUACCACCUGGUUACCAAAACACAUCUGACCCUAAUAUGUCAGGAAGACCGUCCACAGCCUUGCAAUACACUAGUGGGCUGCAGCCAUUUUCUCAGUCUCCCUUAGGUGCUAAUCAUUUAACCACAAGCAUGAGUGGGUUAAGUCUACAUCCAGAAGGCCUACGAGUUAUCAAUCUUCUUCAAGAAAGAAAUAUGCUUCCAACAACUCCAUUGAAGGCUCCUGUCCCAAACUUGCAUGAAGACAUACAGAAACUUAACUGUAACCCAGAGUUGUUUCGAUGUACUUUGACUAAUAUUCCUCAGACUCAGGCCUUAUUGAACAAAGCCAAACUCCCUUUAGGGCUACUGCUACAUCCUUUCAAGGAUUUAUUGCAAUUGCCUGUGGUUACUUCCAGUACAAUUGUGAGAUGCCGUUCAUGCAGAACUUACAUCAACCCUUUUGUCAGCUUUCUUGACCAAAGGAGAUGGAAGUGCAACUUGUGUUAUAGAGUCAAUGAUGUUCCUGAAGAAUUUAUGUACAAUCCUAUGACCAGAGUAUAUGGAAAUCCUCUUAGAAGACCUGAAGUUCAAAAUGCUACUAUUGAAUUUAUGGCUCCUUCAGAAUAUAUGUUACGUCCUCCUCAACCUCCUGUGUACCUCUUUGUGUUUGAUGUGUCUCACAAUGCAGUUGAAACUGGGUAUUUGAAUUCAGUUUGCCAGAGUUUGCUGGACAAUCUAGAUUCGCUUCCUGGUAACACUCGAACAAAAAUUGGCUUUAUAACAUUUGACAGUACAAUCCACUUCUACAGUCUUCAAGAAGGUCUCUCUCAGCCUCAGAUGCUAAUAGUUUCAGAUAUUGAAGAUGUGUUCAUACCAAUGCCAGAAAACUUGCUAGUAAAUUUAAAUGAAAAUAAAGAGCUUAUUCAAGACUUACUGAAAACUUUGCCACAAAUGUUUACCAAAUCUUUGGAGACACAGAGUGCUCUGGGACCUGCACUUCAGAGUGCUUUUAAGUUGAUGUCUCCUACUGGUGGUCGAAUCUCUGUCUUCCAAACACAGCUUCCAUCAAUUGGAGUAGGAGCAUUAAAAUCCCGAGAAGAGCCUAACCAAAGAUCAUCUGCUAAGGAAAUACAUCUUACACCAUCUACUGACUUCUAUAAAAAAUUAGCCUUGGAUUGUUCUGGUCAGCAAGUAGCAGUUGACUUGUUUCUUCUCAGUGGGCAGUAUUCUGACUUGGCUUCAUUGGGCUGUAUUUCAAGAUAUUCAGCAGGUAGUGUCUAUUACUAUCCAUCUUAUCAUCAUCAGCACAACCCAGUCCAAGUAGAGAAGUUACAGAAAGAGUUGAAACGAUACCUAACCAGGAAAAUUGGUUUUGAAGCUGUCAUGCGGAUAAGGUGUACCAAAGGUCUUUCCAUUCAUACUUUCCAUGGAAAUUUCUUUGUACGAUCAACAGACUUGCUGUCCUUGCCCAAUGUAAACCCAGAUGCUGGAUAUGCAGUACAGAUGUCAGUGGAAGAAAAUCUUACUGACAUUCAAGUGGUUUCUUUUCAGUCAGCUCUCUUAUAUACAUCUAGCAAAGGUGAAAGGAGGAUUCGUGUGCAUACUAUGUGUUUACCAGUAGUUUCAACACUGAAUGAAGUCUACCUUGGAGCUGAUGUUCAAGCAAUUUCAGGAUUAUUGGCAAAUAUGGCUGUUGACAGGUCUAUUACUGCCAGCCUAAGUGAUGCUCGUGAUGCCCUAGUAAAUGCUGUAAUAGAUUCUCUGUCUGCUUACCGCACUUCAGUCCUAAGUAGUCAGCAGCCUGGUCUCUUGGUUCCCUUUUCUUUGCGUCUCUUCCCACUUUUUGUGUUAGCUCUCCUUAAACAGAAAUCAUUCCAAACUGGGACUGCUGCUCGUCUAGAUGAACGUAUUUUUGCUAUGUGUCAAGUGAAAAAUCAGCCCCUGGUUUACCUCAUCCUCAUGACCCAUCCCAAUCUGUACAGAGUUGACAAUCUCUCAGAUGAGGGAGCCCUAAACAUCAAUGAUAAAACUAUACCUCAGCCACCCAUUCUACAGCUAUCUGUGGAGAAGCUGAGCAGGGAUGGAGCUUUCCUUAUGGAUGCAGGCACUGUAAUGAUGCUAUGGGUUGGAAAAAACUGUGGACAAAAUUUUCUCAGCCAAGUACUUGGAGUUCCAAACUAUGCAUCCCUACCACUUAAUAUGACACAUCUUCCAGACCUUGAUACAGCAGAAUCCACCAGAUUAGGAGGUUUUAUCUCAUGGCUUAGAGAACAUAGGCCAUUCUUUCCAAUACUUUAUAUAAUAAGGGAUGAGAGUCCAAUGAAAUCAAUCUUCCUUCAGUACAUGGUAGAAGACAGAACAGAAUCAGCCUUAUCAUAUUAUGAGUUUCUCCUGCAUGUACAGCAACAAGUGAAUAAAUGAAGGGUGUGGAUAAUCUUUUCCCAAGGAAAAUCACCAGUUGAGAAAACUUGAGCUUGUAAUGCCCUCUUUUAAAAAAAAACUUUUUUAUUAAUUUUGUGGCCUAGUGUGAUGGUUAAGAUAUUUUCACUGUGAUUUCAACAAACUACAGCAAAUAAUGGACCACAAAUGAAAAUCAAACAUGCAACUAAAGAUACUGUAUUUUUAAAAUCAAAAUAUAUCUAGAUAUAAUUGGGUACCUUUUUAUUUGCUGCCAAUUAUGUUUGAAUGAUUAUAGACUGAAAUGAGUUAAAGAUAAUAUUGAGGCAAAGUACAUUUUGUAAAAUAAAAACUUCUUUGUUGCUCAAAAUGUAUAUUCUUAUUUUUUAUUUUUGCUGCUACAAUAACAACCUCACAUGACUUAAGUGUUGCAGGGAAGUUUUAUCCACUAAGAUCUUUUAGAAAUAAAUGAAUGAAUAACUUUGAUCCGCUUAUAAAUAAAUGGAUAUUUGAAAACCUUCAUUAUUCCCUCCUAUUUUAAGAAGAAAAGGGGUUAUCAUGUUGAAUAGAAGGAAAGUUACUUUUUUCUUAGCUUAAGAGGGGAAGUAUGAAAUAAUGCCUCCAAUUUUUUAAAUCCCUCUAUUUGGCCUUAUUCUGCAUUGAAAAUAAUCUGAACUCAGUUGGCAUAAAUACCCAUGAAUUUUUUUUUCAUAAUAAAGAAAGGAGUAAUGCCUGUAUAUUAGGGAGACUUAAAUGAAACUUUAAUGUUCUUGAUUCUUUGUGAGUUAUUGUUUGAUAUGUUUCUAGUCUUUUGUGUUUCAUCAACUUUCUGGCCUAUAAUGAACAAUAAAAAUAUUCUUUUGAUAAAAUGGAGAUGAAUGAAAGAAGUCAGAUGUUUAAUACUGCCUCAAAUGCACCAGAAACUUGAUGUGGCUUUUGGGGGUAUGAAUGACGAAAUUGGAAACAGUGCAUAAAUAAAAAUUUUAUUCUUGGAAAUGAAAAUCUAUUAAAAAUAUGAAUGGAUAUAUGAUUCAGUAGAUUUUUUUAAGGUUUUCAUAAAUCUGAUUUAGUGAAUUUUUUUUUUAAGGCCUUCUUCCAAGACUUGCUCAGAAAUAAUGGGUUUCAGUUUAGCAAAAGAAAUGUUAAAGCCAAAACUAUUCAAGGCAUUUUGUUUACUUAUUUCUUAAUAUGUAUCUGUAUACUUAAAAUGCCAUUUUAAAUAUUGAUUAAAAGAAUUUGGCUCAAGGAUUUUCCACAAAUUCAUCAUUUCUUAUGAGUAACAACUCAUUGGUAAAUAGUACUUCCUUUUAUUAGCACCCAGCUGAAGCUUUUAAUUUUAAUGGAGUUUAAAUGUGUUUACAAUAUUGGCCUAGGUUGGUCACCAAAUGAAUAGUAAUAUUUAAGGUUUACAUCAAUAUGAGCUCUACUUAACCUUAACUAAGUUGCCUUGGCACAAGGAAAAAGUAGAUCUUAUCUGGGAAUAGAGCUGCUGUUUUCAGUCAAAUCAGAAAAAGUAAAUUAAACAUUUGUAUUAUUUCUAAAGAGAACUAUGCCAUCCUCCCCCUCCUCCCGCCCCCCCCCCCCCCCCAAAGCAGUGUCUGGCUCUAUUCUCAGUAUUCAAGUUCACUGAACUAGAAGCUUUGUGAAAGUUGUUACCAAUGUAUAAUUUGUGAUUUUAUUCAUUUGGUGUAUAGUAGCUUUCCAAUUAAAAAUAGAAUAUCUCUCUGUAAUGAAAUUCAUUUCAUCUUAUCAUGCUUUGAAUUUCUCAAAAGAACUAAAAUUCUUAUAAGAAUUGCAUAUUAUUUUAAUUUUUUAAAUCUUUUGAGAAGUUAAAGAAGAAACUUCUAGGGUAGGAGGUACAUCCUUUUAGGGAGAGAAAUCCUCUUUGUGCCUCAAACAUCUCUACAGUGGGAAUGGUUCUUAUUUGCUCAACAUGCUUUGUUAGCAUAUUUCACAAAUCUAAUUAUUUUUUUAAUUCCUAUUUUAGAUAUUGUCUAAUUUAUGUGUUAGCUAUAAUAAUUAUUACUAUGAAUCUAUGGGUCAUAAUGAAUGUUCCAUUUAGGAUUUCUCCAUGUUUGGUCUGUUUAAUUUCUACAGUGAAUGAAUGAACCCUCUUGGAGGUAGAAUGCUUUGGAAAUGUUGAUAUUUAAUUAUUUUUUGCAAUAUCAAAUUUUCCUUUUUAAUUUUAUUCCCAGUAGUGGGCACAUGACUUACUGUCUCAUCUUUGCUUACAUUUUGAUGUUGUAAAACAGACCAAUAUUUACACGAUGCCAUAUUUUUCAGUGUAGCUGUAAACUAUUAGAAAUGCUUGCAUUUUCUAUAGCUCUACAACUGCUAAAGGUAACAAGCAAGAGCAAGUUUGUUACCUGUACCUGAACAGUGACGGUCCUACCACAGCAAAUGCACUCUAUUUUUCUAGUUUCUGGGAUUUUAAAAAUAAUAUAUCUAUAAGUUUCACUUACUAGUAUUCAGUCAAAAGCAGUAAUCUUAAUUUGCAUAUAUUUUCAUUAUUUUUAAUUUAAUAUAUUGAGUCUAAUAGACUUCUGCAAUAAUUAGAAUAAAAUUUUAUUUUAUUCAUUUAACAAUAAUCAAAGAUGCAUAACAGCUAUUAUCUAGGGGACCAUCAAAUGUGAUUUUAAUGCUUUUGUUCCAUAUUACAAUGUAAUCCUUAUAGUAAAUUUAAUUUUGUAAAGUAGUGUAUAAUAUUGUAACAUUAAAUUCUUGUUCUCAAACUCAAAUAUGUAUUGUUCUUCUGUGUAAUGUGUUAAAUCUUGCCCCUUUGAAACAUUAAGAGCCAAGAUUUGGUUGUCCUUUUUUAUAGUUUGUAAUUUUCACUGUAAAAAUUCAUUUGUAACACAUAUAAAUUCUUAUUUUAUCUGUACUAAUUUAUCAAUUUGGCUACUCAAUAAAGUAAAUUGAAAGAGCUUAUAACAGAUGAUGAAUCAUUUGGACUGCAAAAGAAACCCAUCUGAGUUUAGCUGCAAUAUAGUCUAUACUUUUAUGUUCAUGGGAAACAGUAAAACUGAAGGAACUUUGAAUCCUGCAUCGAAGUUUGGGAGUCAGACUGUUACUUCCUCUUGACACUGAGUGCAUAUAAGCUUUGUGUCUAGAUUUCAUUUGUAAAAUGAGAACACUAAGCUAGCUCAGGAAUGUUAGGAUCAAAUAAGGUUUGUAUACUAAAGUGCAUUGAAAAUAGACUGUGAAUAGUGUGACAGCAUAGCUUCCCCACCCCCACCCCAAGGAUUAAUUGAGCUAUCCAUAUAUCUACUCUCAGUAAUGCAAGAUCCCCUCAGAAUUGAGAAGGCCAGGAUUCAACUGUGGACCAGGGCACAUCUCUAAGGCAUUGCUGAGUAGCCACCAACAUUACAACAAUGAAAUUGCAGAUUGGACAAAUAAAAUACAGAACUAUUUUGCUCUAAAAGUAAUUAUUCUUAUCCAGGUUUUGCAUAUUCAAAAGAGAAAAAUGCCUUUAAUCCAAUACUUUGCGGAUCAUUGUGGAAUUCCCAAAAAAUUUGCAUGUUUGUUUAUUAAGUCAGAUUUGGGGGUAAAUAGCUCAGCUCUUUAUUUUGGAGGCAAAGUUUAGUUAUGAAUAAUUAAUGGUUCUUAAGCAUUUUAAAUAGGGAGGACCCUUUUGGGCAUCAGAUUUAAAGAACCUCAUGAAAUCAGUCCCUUAAUAGAGGAAAUGAUGAAAAAAAGCUGCUUAUGGAGCCAAUAAUCUUUUUUAGGAAUUUGUAUUUUAAUUAUAGUAUCUAUAUACAUUUGAAAAGUAGUAAUUCAUAUAUGUGUGAAUCUUCUACAAUGUAUACCCAAAUGCUCAUUUUGCUUGGUGUUUUAAGUUCAGAAUAAAAGACUAAAAAAUGCAUAUAUGUAA